UCUACUUGUUCUCAUUCUAUCUGACAAAUCUCUCUCUCUCUCUGUGGGCUUCAUACUUUUUGUUAUCCAGUUUGGUGUUGGUGGUUAUCAAGAAUUGGGUGAGCAUAAAGAGCGAUAAAAGUAGAGAGUAUUUGAAGAAACAAGAAGCAAUGCUACUCCAAGAAAGUGGCAAGAAUCCAUCAUCUCCACCACCACAAACCACCUCAUCACCACCCUCAGUCUCUUCCUCUCCAACCCAUGAGUUCUCCUUCACCGUGUCUCUCCGUCCACACCCACCACCAACUUCAACUCCAGAUUGUAAUUCCAACACCUAUGAUGAUACUAACGAUCAUCAUAAAACCAAUCAUCUGCCCCCACCAUCAUUGGCUGCCAUUGACUUAUCUCCGGCGGAUGAUAUCUUCUUCCAUGGCCACCUCCUCCCACUCCACCUCCUCUCUCACCUCCCUGUCUCCCCUCGAUCCUCCACAAACUCAAUGGACAGUUUCACCCUCCCAAUCAAAGACCUCCUAUAUGACCCGAUAAACCCCAUCGGAAACACCAGCUUCCACUGCCACCACCAAACCACCUUCUCCGAUUUCGACCAACCUCAAGUCACCACCGGCGAUAAGAACGGACCGAAAUCCAAACCCUUUUCAUUGUUUGGCAUACCCAAGUGGAAAAAAAGGUGUGACGAUGAGAGAGAAAGAGAUGAAGAUCAGAAUAGAGAGAGAAACAACAGCAAGAAGCUCAAGUUAGAUUUAGGUCAACUUAUCAAGAGGUACAUGAAGAUGGUAAGGCCUUUGUUGUCGUUUCCAAAGUCCAAAAGAUCGAAUAGGACAUUCAACCACCAGUCGUAUUCUUUUUCCGGCAACUCGCUGAGCUCCAGGAGGAGGAGUAAGCCGCCGGAGAUGAUGAAUACAAGCGGUAAGCGAAGAGGGCAGUUCUCGUUGCCGGCGUCCAUGAAGACUUCUCCGACCAACAGUGGCAUCCUUCUUGCUUCAGGAACUGUAAGUCCAGCCAAAAGCACAACAAGUGAAAGCACCAUGGAAGAAUUACAUGCUGCAAUUCAAGCAGCUAUUGCUCAUUGUAAGAAUUCCAUCGCCAUGGAAGACAAACUUCAAUCCUAAAAUUAAAUCUAUAUACACUCCUUUUAAU